GUACCCAUGGUUUGGUUUUGGUCAUAUGAUUCCAUAUCUUCAUCUAGCCAACAAACUAGCUGAGAAAGGUCAUACCAUCACUUUCUUCCUUCCCAAGAAAGCUCAUAAGCAGCUCCAACCUCUCAAUCUGUUCCCAGACAGUAUUGUCUUGGAGCCUCUUUCUCUCCCUCCUGUCGAUGGUCUCCCUUUUGGCGCCGAGACAGCCUCGGAUCUCCCAAACUCAACUAAGAAACCCAUUUUCCUUGCCAUGGAUCUCCUACGCGAUCAGAUCGAAGCUAAGGUCCGUGCUUUGAAACCAGAUCUAAUCUUUUUCGAUUUUGUUCAUUGGGUUCCAGAAAUGGCAAAAGAGUUUGGAAUAAAGGGUGUCAAUUACCAGAUUAUAUCAGCAGCUUGUGUAGCUAUGGUUCUUGCACCUAGUGCUGAAUUAGGGUUUCCUCCGCCGGGUUAUCCUUUAUCCAAAGUAGCGUUACGUGGACAUGACGCUAACGUCUGUUCUCUCUUCGCGAAUUCCCAUGAGCUUUUUGGUCUGAUUACCAAAGGCCUUAGGAACUGUGACGUCAUUUCCAUAAGGACUUGCGUGGAACUUGAAGGUAAACUAUGCGGUUUCAUCGAAAGAGAAUGUCAAAAGAAACUUCUCUUAACCGGUCCAAUGCUCCCUGAACCUCAAAAUAAGAGUGGUAAACCUCUGGAAGACCGAUGGAAUCAUUGGUUAAACGGAUUUGAACCAUGCUCGGUAGUGUUUUGUGCGUUUGGCACUCAAUUCUUUUUCGAGAAGGAUCAAUUUCAAGAAUUCUGUUUAGGAAUGGAGCUAACGGGUCUACCGUUUUUAAUAGCGGUUAUGCCGCCAAAAGGCUCAUCAACGGUUCAAGAAGCGUUACCAGAAGGAUUUGAAGAACGGGUUAAAGGGCGUGGAAUCGUUUGGGAAGGAUGGGUGGAACAACCUUUGAUAUUGUCUCAUCCAUCAGUAGGUUGCUUUGUGAACCACUGUGGGUUCGGUUCAAUGUGGGAGUCUUUGGUUAGUGAUUGCCAGAUUGUGUUUAUCCCACAAUUGGCUGAUCAAGUUCUCAUCACAAGAUUGUUGACCGAAGAACUCGAAGUCUCAGUGAAGGUGCAGAGAGAAGAUUCUGGAUGGUUCUCGAAGGAGAACUUGAGGGAUACGGUUAAAUCUGUGAUGGAUAGAGACAGUGAGAUUGGGAACUUGGUGAAGAGGAAUCAUAAGAAAUUGAAAGAGACUUUGGUUAGUCCUGGAUUGUUGAGUGGUUAUGCUGAUAAGUUUGUAGAAGCAUUGGAGAAUGAAGUCAACAACACAAAAUCUUCUUGAAUUGAAAUACUUUGAAUGUUCCAAAAUAAUGUCGUUUUACAUUCUGAAAUUUAGAUAUAAAGUCUUACUAAGAAAUGAGGGAUCUCACA